GCUUUGGAGAACCACCACUAUGAGUGUCUUCAGCUUCAAUAAGAUCGUUCUUUUCGAAGUUAUUCUUCUAAUUGGAUUUGUCCAUGGAGACUGCAACUCACCUCUUGGUUUACAAAGCGAGGAUAUUCCCAAUUCAGACAUCACCGCCUCCUCCGAGUGGGCUGCAAACCAUGGGCCCAGCAAUGCAAGGCUCAAUCGUCCAGCUGGUGGAGGUAGAACUGGAGCCUGGUCUGCCAGAGCAAAUAAUAUGGGACAGUGGAUACAGGUGAACCUUCGUCAACUAACUCGAGUCACUAAGGUGGCAAUUCAAGGAAGACAAGACCAUCCACAAUGGGUUACUGCAUUUAAAAUAUCUUACAGUCUGGAUGGAAAACACUUUGAAUAUCAACAAAAGAUAUACUACGGAAACAAUGACAGAAACAGCAUUGUUUUUAACAUUUUAAUGGCACCGAUCGAGGCUCGCUUCGUUCGUCUACAUCCAUACGCAUGGCAUGGACAUAUCUCUUUGAGGAUGGAAUUUUAUGGUUGCAGCUUAAAGCCAGAGUGCGCUCGCCCCUUGGGCUUGGAGAACUACCGGAUUCCUGAUUCAGCCAUUGCAUCUUCUUCGGAGUGGGACUCCAACCAUGGACCUACCAAUGCCAGACUUAACAGACCUAGUGGUGGCGGGAAGACUGGUGCCUGGUCAGCCAAGAGAAACGAUAGAAACCAGUGGAUUCAAGUGACAUUUCCCGAGAUCACUAAAGUGACAAGAGUUGGAAUCCAAGGCAGAUAUGAUUACAAUCAGUGGGUUACCAAGUUCAAAGUGUCUUAUAGUCUUGAUGGUAUUGACUUCGUUAUCCUCGGCAAGAUAUACAACGGUAACAGCAACCGUAACAGCAUUGUGGUCAACGAUUUAGGGGCACCCAUUCAAGCUCGUGUAGUACGCAUCAAUCCAGUCGAAUGGUAUGGACACAUAUCCCUGAGGAUGGAGCUGUACGGCUGUCGUUUGUCAUCAGAAUGCGCAACCCCCUUGGGAAUGGAGAACAGGGUUAUCCCCAAUUACGCCAUAACAGCUUCCUCAGAGUGGGCAGCAAAUCAUGGUGCGUCUAACGCAAGACUGCAUCGCCCAGCAGGAGGUGGAAGGACUGGUGCCUGGUCUGCCAAGACAAACGACAAAUCACAAUGGAUUCAGGUGGAUCUUCGCGGAAAAUUCAAAGUGACCAAGAUAUUAACACAAGGAAGGCAUGAUUAUGCGCAAUGGGUGACCCAGUACAAGGUGUCCUACAGCUCAGAUGGGGUGCAUUUCAGUGAUCAAAAUAAAGUGUAUCAAGCCAACAAAGAUCAAAACACCGUGGUAGUGAACACUUUAGAGUACCCGAUAGAGGCGCGCUUUAUACGUCUCAACCCUAAACAGUGGUUUGGUCACAUCUCUUUGCGAAUGGAGCUUUAUGGUUGCAGUUUGAAUUCAGAAUGCAUGUCUCCCAUGGGAAUGGAAAAUAAAUUUCUUCCAAACUACGCAAUUACAGCCUCUUCUGAGUGGGCGUCAAAUCAUGGAGCUUCAAACGCAAGGCUGUAUCAUAUAGCAGGCGGUGGAAGGACUGGUGCAUGGUCUGCAAGAACAAAUGACAAAUCACAGUGGAUUCAGGUGGAUCUUGGAACAGUCAAAAGAGUGACGCAAAUUGCCAGUCAAGGCCGAUCAGAUUAUGCUCAGUGGGUUACAAGAUACAGAGUGUCUUACAGCUCUUUUGGAAAAGUUUUCCACAUCCAAGAUCAUGUUUACCAAGCCAACAGUGACCAACAUAGCGUUGUUGUAAAUACUCUUGUCAAACCAAUUGAGGCUCGUUUCUUCAGGAUAAAAGUUGAAGGAUGGCAUGGUCACAUUUCCAUGAGGUUUGAACUGUAUGGAUGUCAUGUUCAUUCAGCAUGUGUGUCACCCCUUGGACUAACCAGUAAGAAAUUACCAAACUCGGCAUUAACUGCCUCUUCUGAGUGGGCGGGAAACCAUGGGGCCAGCAAUGCAAGGCUCUACCAUGUUUCAGGUGGCGGGAGGACUGGAGCGUGGUCUGCUAAAUUCAAUAACAAGGGUCAGUGGUUAGAAGUUGAUCUUGGUGAGACGACCAAAGUUACAAUGGUAGUAACACAGGGACGGUACGACUAUGAUCAGUGGGUGAAAAGUUACAAAGUGGCCCACAGUAAAUAUGGCGAUCAUUUUGAAUUCCAAAACAAGGUAUAUCAAGCUAACGGAGAUAGGAAUGGUGUAAUCAUUAAUAGGUUGAUCCAACCAAUCGAAGCCCGUUUCGUCCGUAUUUAUCCAGAGACUUGGCACGGCCACAUAUCUAUGAGAGUGGAAUUGCAUGGCUGCGAAAUCCGGUCUGGUUGUAAUCUUCCCCUGGGAAUGGAAAACUACCAUAUACCUGACUCAGCCAUAGCAGCCUCUUCACGGUGGGAUCCAAACCACGGACCAAACAAUGCCAGAAUCUACCACAUGGCUGGGGGUGGAAGAAGAGGAGCUUGGUCUGCGAAAGCAAAUGACAAGGGACAAUGGAUUCAAGUAAAUCUUAGAAAAGCUAUGAAGGUGACCAAAAUUGGAAUGCAAGGUCGUCAGGAUUACGCCCAGUGGGUCACCAAGUACAGAGUGGCUUACAGCACGGAUGGUCAGCACUUUUCAGUUCAAAAUCAGAAAUAUUCAGGAAACAGGGAUCAAAAUACUCUUGUUAUAACUGACGUGGCCCAGUCAAUUAAGGCACAGUAUAUCCGAAUCCUUCCUCAAGAAUGGCAUGGACACAUCUCUCUGAGGAUGGAGUUGUACGGCUGCGACACUUCAGGGGCUAUCGACGGUGGUUACUCCGAAUGGGAAGACUGGGGAGAAUGCUCGGUGUCAUGUGGAAGAGGAUCACGUUCAAGGAGACGAUCAUGCAAUAAUCCUGUUCCACAGAAUGGUGGUUCAGACUGCUCAUCCCUGGGACCUAUGGAGGAAUUUGAGUCCUGUAAUAUGCAACCUUGCAGGGAUUGUGACACCCCUCUGGGAAUACAAAGUGGAGAUAUUCCAAACUCCGACAUCACAUCUUCUUCCGAAUGGGAUGCAAACCACGGGCCCAGCAAUGCAAGGAUCAAUCGUCCUGCUGGUGGAGGUAAGACUGGAGCCUGGUCUGCCAGAGCAAACGACAUGAAACAGUGGAUACAGGUGAACCUUCGUCAACUGACUCGUGUGACUAAGGUGGCAAUUCAAGGAAGACAAGACCAUCCACAAUGGGUUACUGCAUUUAAAAUAUCUUACAGUCUGAAUGGAAAACAUUUUAAAUAUCAAGAAAAGAUAUACAGUGGAAACAAUGACCAAAACAGUGUUGUCGUGAACACCUUGGUAGAACCAAUCGUGGCCCGGUUCAUCCGCCUUCAUCCGUACGUCUGGCAUAGACACAUUUCGUUGAGAAUGGAGCUUUACGGUUGCACACUAGGACAAGAAUGCAAAUCUCCCCUGGGUAUGGAAAACUACAGGAUCCCAAAUUCAGCAAUCACAGCCUCAUCAGAGUGGGACGCCAACCAUGGACCAACUAAUGCCAGACUUAACAGACCCAGUGGCAGUGGGAAAACUGGUGCCUGGUCAGCCAAGAGAAAUGAUGCCAACCAGUGGAUUCAAGUGACGUUUUCUGAAGUCACUAAAGUGACAGGAGUUGGUAUCCAGGGUAGAUAUGACUACAAUCAGUGGGUUACCAAGUUCAAAGUGUCUUACAGUCGUGAUGGUAUUCACUUCGUUAUCCUCAGCAAGAUAUACCAAGGAAACAACAACCGAAACGGAAUCGUUUUAAACGAUUUAGGAACAUCAAUUAUAGCUCGUGUAGUUCGCAUCAAUCCAGUUGAAUGGUAUGGACACAUAUCCCUGAGGAUGGAGCUGUACGGCUGCCGUUUACCAUCAGAAUGUUCCAGACCUCUGGGUAUGGAAAACCAGCUCAUCCCCGACUACGCCAUAACAGCAUCUACUGAGUGGGCAGCAAAUCAUGGAGCCUCUAAUGCAAGAUUGCACCGCCCAGCAGGCGGUGGAAGGACUGGUGCCUGGUCUGCGAAGAGAAAUGACAAAUCACAAUGGAUUCAGGUGGAUCUUCGUGAAAGAUACAAAGUGACAAAGGUUCUAACACAGGGAAGACAGGAUUAUGCGCAAUGGGUGACCCAAUUCAAAGUUUCAUAUAGCGUGGACGGAACUAACUUUAUAUUUCAGAACAAGGUGUACCAAGCUAACAGCAACCAGAAUACAGUUGUGGUGAACGCUUUAGAGAAGCCCAUACAGGCGCACUUCAUACGUCUUCAUCCCCAGAAGUGGUAUGGUCACAUAUCUUUGAGGAUGGAACUGUACGGCUGCAGUUUGAAAGCAGAUUGUACUUCGCCGAUGGGAAUGGAAAAUAAGAUGCUACCAGACUACGCAAUAACAGCCUCGUCUGAGUGGGCUGCAAAUCAUGGAGCCUCAAAUGCGAGGCUGUACUUUAUGGCAGGUGGAGGAAGAACUGGUGCCUGGUCUGCCAGAACAAAUGCAAAAUCACAGUGGAUUCAGGUGGAUUUUGAAAAAAUGAAGAGAGUGACGCAAAUUGCUAGUCAAGGCCGUUCAGACUACGCACAGUGGGUAACGAGAUACAGAGUGUCUUAUAGCACAUUUGGAAAGACGUUUAAGUCCCACGAUCAUGUUUACUCAGCUAACAGCGAUCAACACAGUGUUGUUGUCAAUACCCUCGUCAAACCCACUGAAGCUCGUUUUUUCAGGAUAAAUGUUGAGGGAUGGCAUGGCCACAUUUCAAUGCGGUUUGAACUGUAUGGAUGCGAUGUUUUUGAAGCAUGUGUGUCGCCGCUCGGACUAACCAAUAAGAAAUUACCUAACUCGGCACUAACUGCGUCUUCUGAGUGGGAUAGAAACCAUGGACCCAGCAAUGCAAGACUCUAUCGUGUGUCAGGUGGUGGAAGGAGUGGAGCCUGGUCUGCUAAACUGAACAAUAAAGGUCAGUGGUUGGAAGCAGAUCUUGGUGAAACGACAGCUGUCGCCAUGGUGGCGACUCAGGGACGAUACGACUAUGAUCAGUGGGUAAAGAGCUUUAAAGUGGCUUACAGCAAGUACGGGAGUCAUUUUGAAUUUCAAAACAAGGUGUAUGAUGCAAAUACCGACAGAAACAGUGUAAUCGUCAAUGAAUUGAUUCGACCAAUCAAGGCGCGUUUCGUUCGCAUAUAUCCUGUGUCUUGGCAUGGGCACAUGUCUAUGAGAAUGGAAUUUUAUGGCUGUGAGAUCCAUACAGAAUGUUCGUUGCCCUUGGGAUUGGAGAAUAACUACUUACCAGAUUCAGCAAUAACUGCUUCGUCAGUGUGGGAUGCAAACCAUGGACCAAAUAAUGCCAGAAUAUAUCGCAUGGCCGGAGGUGGAAGAACAGGGGCCUGGUCUGCGAAGACAAACGACAAGGGACAAUGGAUUCAAGUAAAUCUUGGAAAAAUUACCACGGUGACCAAGAUAGGGAUCCAGGGUCGUCAAGAUCACGCUCAGUGGGUCACAAACUACAAGGUGUCGUACAGCCAGGACGGUCAACACUUUGCAAUUCAGAAUCAGGAAUAUGUUGGGAGUAAAGAUCAGAAUACCCUCGUUAUCAACGACUUGAUAAAAUCAAUCAAGGCAAAGUACGUCCGCAUCCUUCCACAAGGAUGGCAUGGACACAUCUCAAUGAGAAUAGAGCUCUACGGUUGUGUCUCAAUAAUUGAUGGUGGUUUUACUGAAUGGAGUGAGUGGAGCGCUUGCUCGGCAAAAUGCGGCUAUGGAAUACAAGAACGAGUGCGUACAUGCACCAGCCCCCCUCCGUCAAAUGGUGGAAAAGACUGUGAAGGAGCAAACAAGCAGCUUCAGACAUGCACCAGCGGUGAAUGCUCCGAAUCUAGAAAUCCGUGGCAGAAAUGAGUUGAACAACCAUGAAGAGUACUAAACAUCGACAAAUGGACUGAUAUUACUUGUAGAACAAAAAUGAUGAUUAUCAAGAGUAAAGGGAUUAGAAAAUUUUAGGUUGUAUCAGAAUUGACAAAG